UGCAACUUGGCAACCAUGAAGGAGACGACGGAGCGCCGGCGGCGGAACCGCGAGCACGUGCGAAAGCACCGCGAGCUCAAUGCGCUCGAAAAGCAAGGCCUCAAAGACUAUGUCGCGCGGCUUCAAGCAACCGUCAACGAGCUCACGUCGAUACAGGACGCCCGGCGUCCGCUCCACUGGCGCGACGUCGCGAUGGCACUGCGCGCCGAGUCGGACCGCGCGGUGUCCGAGCAGCAACAUCUCCGCGCCUCGCUGCAGCGCCAAGAGCACGUCGCCCAGGCGCUGUGGUCGUACUGUCUCUCGAUGCAAGCGACGCCUCGGCCGUUGACAACAACGACGUCCUGGCGCCACGCCAGCGUGCUCGGAACGACGCCGUCGGCGCGUCGACGGGGCUUUGAGUGGCUACUGCAGCACAUGAAGUGCAAUUUGGGCCGUGCGUUUGACGGCGUCUUUGUACCGGGUGACGCGGGGCCCGGCUUGCGCCUGCACAUGACGCCGAUAGGGGCUCUUGGCGCGCACAUUGUGGUGCAGAAGCACCGUGUCGACCCGUUCGCGCUCGAGACCGUGUUUCAGUACUUUGCGACGCAGCAUGCGGAACAAAUGAGGCUUGAAGACGUGGCCCCCGACCUGCGCUAUGUUCGUUAUCACUAUGGAAGCGCGUCGCAAAACAUUGCGCUCCAGUACUUUCGCGAGCACGGACGCAUCUUACUCCUCUCGCGCGGCAUCGAGCACGACGACGUGGUGCCCACCGGUCUCCUCAAGCGAACGUGGAUGGACUGGAUUGUCUUGACACCGAUUGGCGAAAACGCAACGAUGAUUCAAGAGGUCUACGAGUCGACGAGCUGGUACGGUGGCGACGGUGCUUUUGUGCCGCUGGAGACGACGUCGCCAUGGUACCAACAAGCAGUGCGGUUGCUUCCGGCGUCCGCGCCGCGAGAUGAGGUCUUUGAGCGCUAUCGGCUCCUCUUCCAAACGUACCUCGACGAGGCGUUUCCGAAUAGCGAGGUUGCUGGCUGCCGCGAGUGGUGCCGCAACCAUUAA